UGCACUUUGGCUCCGGGAACAACGAGUCAACACAUUCUGCCUCCUAUAUAAACAGGCCGGUCCUCCGGGGCCUCUUACUCUGUCUCCUGAGGCGCGAUACAAUACGAGCGGCGCUAUGAACAAGCUGCUGGUCCUCACCGUGCUGGUUGCACUCCUCGCCCUCAGCGCCGAAAGCUUCCGCGUGCCGCGGCAGGUGGAGGAGGAGGCGGGCGCCUUGUCCAAGAUCACGGGCACCUUCAGGUCCUACUACGACACCGCCGUCAACGCGGCCAGCGGCUACCUGGACACCAUCAAGGGCCUGAAGCUGGAGGAGAAGGCCAAGAACAUCUACAGUGACACCACCACGGUCGUGAGCACCUACGCGGGGAUCGCACACGACCAGCUGUACCACAUCUUUUACCAGCAGUAAACAACAAGCGACCCCCCCCCCCCCCCCUCUCGUCUCACUCGUCUGACAUCGUGAGAACUUUCGAGCUCCUUCUCACGCGAAGCCUUGGAACCUACAACAGACGCUGACUCGAUGAAGAUGACCACCGGACAGGGACUGUGACCUUUGACCUUUGGAGAGAACGACAGCUUGCACAGAUGGACAGGACACGGCAGGCCUCGGAAGUCAAGAAACUCAUUUCAUGCUCUAUCGCCCCCUACUGGUGGUGUCAGUCAUCCCUCAUCGGGGAUGAAGUAAAACACUUGUGUCAUUUCAUGAAAUAAAAUAUUUAUACCAAACCCUUGUGUCCACGAGGUAAAUGGUGCAUGUUCUCCAGACUCGUCGUUGCUCUGCUUUCAUCGACGGAGGCGACGCCACAACAGAGGCUUCUGUCGCAAUUAAUAAUGGAUGAAAACGCGCUCGUCGCCGGGAUGAAUCAACAACAAAGACUGCGGUUUGUUUGGAGGAUUCUGACGAGCUGUGAUGCAACGAUGUUGUGAUGUUGUAUUAGUUCAAAAAUCCACAAGAAUCAUCUCGUCACACGAUAUGUACAAAGCACUCCC